CAAAUUUGGAGAUCCGUGUCUUUUAGCGGGACAAUGCACUAUAUGCAAAAGCGACUGGACUAAAAUUCGGAUUGAUUAUCGGCCCGAUUUACAAAAUUAUCCCCCGUCAUCUUCCCCCGCUUUGCACCUCCCCGGCGAACUCCUCCUCCGCCGUUUUGCCCCUCACCUUCUCCUCCGGCGAGAUCGAGCUGGUUUUCGAGCAUUCAGUGAAAAAGCAAAAAUGAAGGCUACAUUGGGGAAUGUGCCCAGAAAAAAGCUAGCUGAUAUUAGCAACAUACCACAAGAGAUGAGAUUGGGUAGCCAAAAUGACAAGUCACAACAUAUCUCAAUUGGUCCAAAAGAGUACAUAGACAUGCUCAAGAAGGAGAAUAUUGAAUUGAUGAAGAUGUUAGCUGACAGGAAUAAAUUAAUUGAAUUAACUGGAGCUGAGAUACAGAAGAUGAGAAUUAAUCAGCAGAAAAUGCAGCAACAGAACCAUCAACUUGCGCAAUCAAACAGUCAAAUGCUUGCGGAAUUAAAUUCAGCUAAAGAUAGGCUCAAAACAUUACAACAUGAGCUAGGAUGUACACAUGGCAUGCUUAAAGCUAAAAAGCUUGAAGCAGAGGAGAUAGCAAAACAAAAAAUGUGCCAGCAGUUGAAUGAUGAGGUGGAUCCCAUCAAGUGUGAAGAGGCAGGGGAUUCCUCUUUGGGAAAUGGAGAUAAUGAUAAACCUGCAAAUAUCAAAAGGAGGCUUCAGUCAAAGAGUUUGGGCUCUUCUAAACAAGUUCAACCCCAGGACAAUGCUGAAAAUAAAAGACCCCGUGUAAGAAGGCAAUCUGCUCGGUUUAAACCUGAAGCAAUGAAACAUGAUGAAAAUGAUUUUGAGGAGGUAGUAAAACAAAAAAUGUGCCAGCAGUUGAAUAAUGAGGUGGAACCAAUCAAGUGUGAAGAGGCAGGGGAUUCUUCUUUGGAAAUUGGAGAUAACGAUAAACCUGCAAAUAUCAAAAGGAGGCCUCAGUCAAAGUGUUUGGGCACUUCUAAACAAGUUCAGCCCCAGGAUAAGGCUGACAAUAAAAGACCCUGUUUAAGAAGGCAAUCUGCUCGAUUUAAACCUGAAGAACCAAAGCAGGAUGAAGAUUAUUUUGAGGUUGAAGACAAAUGCCCACCAAUGGUUAAUCUAGUCCAGCAAAAUGGUUCUGCCUCCUUUUCUAUGUCGCCUAAUGACGUCGAAAGUAAUCCUGCAUUGAGGUUUGAAUCAACAGAGUUUGGAAGAUUGUCUCUGAGUAGGCCAUUAAGAAAUGCAGCUAAGAAGAUCCAGUCUUACAAGGAAAUUCCUUUGAACAUAAAAAUGCGCAGACCGGUAUGAACAACCAUCUUUUGUACUGAGCUAUUCAGUGUAGGAGCUAGUACUGAAUGAUAAAAUGCUGAACGGCAUCUUUUGUUGGGUUGUCUAGUGUAAUUUUUGCUGAACUUUUUCUCCCAACUCGAGGUCGUCUCCCAUUUUCACUCUCCCGGCAAACAUGUACAUGCAUGUUUCCUGAGUAAAUGUUCUUAUUGCCUGCUGUAAAUCAUGAUAAAUGCAUCUUUUACUGUGAUUGAUUAUUGAUGAAAUUAGUUUGAGCCA